CCACAACUCACUGACACAUACACACUGGCUACCUAUUCAGUGGAAGGCAAUCGCAUGGUAUCUCUGAAACACCACAUCUGCUUGUCAAACUAGUUGUAUUUGGCCCACGGUUGUGAUUAUGUCUGCCCCAACUCAACUACGUGUUAUCAUUGAAGAGACCCAAGUUCACAAGUUAACCCUACCAGAUGGAAUCCCUAGCACUGUUGACGAAUUUUUGGCAGCCGUACAGAAUCACUUUCAACUCCAAGGGAGUUUUACUGUUAUGUACAUGGACAAAGAUUUUGAUGAUCAGUUCUUCACCAUUACGUCAACAGAUGUCAUUAAGAACAAAGACACAAUCAAACUUGUUAGAAAUGAACCUUCUUCCGUUAUUCUCACAUUGAGUCCCAUCAAUGAGGAUGCUGCCUCCUCUCCUUCAUUGCCACUGGGUCUGUCAUUCCAGGAAGACGGUUCCUCGGUUAGUUCAUCCGACACCAUCAUUUUACCGAGGUCCCCAGAGUUUCGAUCUGAACCGUGGCCAACUGUCUUUGAGAUUCCCACCUUUUCAUAUAAUGUUGAACUGCCCCUUCAAGCAGGAAAUAAGGCCUAUGAAACUGAUGGCUCACUCCUUCAAAAUCCAAGCAUGAACUCUGACAUACUUGAGAAACUUGCUGAAGCAAUAUUCCACUACACUGCCUAUCCCUCUGACCAUCAAAUACUGGCAGUUGUUGAAGCUCUGCUAAAAAAGCAUCCAUGCCUAAAAGAGCCUGGAACCUCAUAUUCAGGCAUGUACGGGUGGCAGCAGCGUCUUAAAUAUAAGAUGGCUAAUUAUCGGUCCAAAAUGAGAAGGCGUGAAGUUCCUUGUCCUGAACUUGAUAUCAACUCCUUGAAAAAGAAACCCCAUGGUGAGAGAAAUCCUGCAAAAAAUUGCAAGCGACCAAAGAGGGCAGAGGUGAACUACCUUCCUCCACAUCCAAGUGGAGAAACUAGCGACACUCUGGAGUUAGAGAGACAGGAGCUUCUUAACAAGGUAAAGAAGAAGAACAACAACAAGGUGAUUCAAGAAAAAAUGGCCAAAACCUUCUCCUAUCGAAGGCUCGAAGUUGUGAGUGGUAGUCCUGCUGCUGAAGACUUCAAAGAGAGAUGGCCUGCUUUGUUUUGUGAAGCUGAGAUCAAGGAGGAAUUCAAGAGAAUAACUACAGUUUCACUAGAGCAGAGCUUCAUGUACAAACUGACCACUACACAACAAAACUUAUUGCCCUGA